CCGGGGCUCAUCCCAGUACACUGAGGGGAAAAACCGAUAGCGGAGUGAAACUCGGAGAAACAACUCAAACUCACACUGCUCCAUUUUUACCUUCUCUCCACUUCCACGCCGCACAGAGACCAACAUCUGGGAGUUUAUUUCUCCUUCCUGAGUGGCGCUGAGGCUGAGUUUAUUUUAGGGAAAUCUGUAAGGGGGAAGUUUUUCGGCAGGACGGGAAUUUUUUAUCCUCCAUUUUGAAGAAGUGGUUUGGGUUAUUUUGUGGACCCGCUGCGAACAUGACGGCCAUUAACACCCCCAACAUCAACUUCAAAUGGGAUCCCAAGAGCUUGGAGAUCCGCACCCUGGCUGUGGAAAGACUCCUGGAGCCGCUCGUCACCCAGGUGACGACUCUGGUGAACUCGAGCAACAAAGGUCCAUCCAACAAAAAGAAGGGCCGCUCUAAGAAGGCGCACGUCCUGGCCGCCUCGGUGGAAAGCGCCACGCAGAACUUUCUGGAGAAGGGCGAGAAGAUCGCCAAGGAUAGCCAGUUUCUCAAAGAGGAGCUCACCGCCGCCGUGGAGGACGUCCGCAAGCAAGGAGAUUCCAUGCGCCAGGCCUCGGGGGAGUUUGCCGAGGACCCGUGUUCAUCAGUGAAGAGGGGGAACAUGGUGCGAGCGGCUCGCGCUCUUCUCUCAGCCGUCACUCACCUGCUGGUGCUGGCCGACAUGUCCGACGUCUACCUGCUCCUUCUGCAGCUCAAACUGGUGGAGGAAAACCUGGCGAAGGUGCGUAACGCAGGGACGGAGCAGGAUCUGGGGAUCCAGUACAAAGCUCUGAAGCCUGAAGUGGAUAAACUCAAUAUGAUGGCAGCCAAGAGACAGCAGGAGCUGAAGGACGUGCAGCACAAGGAGCAGAUGGCGGCGGCUCGCGGCGUGCUGCAGAGAAACGUCCCCCUGCUGUACACGGCGUCCCGCGCCUGCCUGCAGCACCCGGACGUAGCCGCCUACAAGGCCAACCGCGAGCUGAUCUACAAGCAGCUGCAGCAGGCCGUCUCGGGAAUCUCCAACACGGCGCAGGGCGUCAGCACCGACGACUCCAGCCUGGGCCAGCACACCGGACCCGGGGAGCUCGCCGGGGCCCUCAACAACUUCGAUAAGCAGAUCAUCGUGGACCCCCUGAACUUCAGCGAGGAGCGCUUCCGUCCGUCCCUGGAGGAGCGCCUGGAGAGCAUCAUCAGCGGCGCCGCGCUCAUGGCCGACUCGUCCUGCACGCGUGACGACCGACGCGAGCGCAUCGUGGCCGAGUGCAACUCCGUGCGCCAGGCGCUGCAGGACCUGCUGUCCGAGUACAUGGGCAACGCCGGACGCAAGGAGAGAAGUGACGCCCUGAACACCGCUAUCGACCGGAUGACCAAGAAGACCAGAGAUCUGCGCAGACAGCUGAGGAAAGCCGUGAUGGACCACGUGUCCGACUCGUUCCUGGAGACCAACGUCCCCCUGCUGGUCCUCAUCGAAGCUGCCAAAAAUGGUAACGAGAAGGAGGUGAAGGACUACGCCCAGGUUUUCCGCGAGCACGCCAACAAGCUGAUCGAGGUCGCUAACUUGGCCUGCUCCAUCUCCAACAACGAGGAGGGCGUGAAGCUUGUGCGUAUGGCCGCGAUGCAGCUGGAGACCCUGUGUCCUCAGGUGAUUAAUGCGGCCCUGGCGCUGGCUGCCAAACCCAACAGCAAGGUGGCCCAAGAUAACAUGGACCUGUUCAAGGAGCAGUGGGAGAAGCAGGUGCGCGUGCUCACGGACGCCGUCGACGACAUCACCUCCAUCGACGACUUCCUGUCCGUGUCCGAGAACCACAUCCUGGAGGACGUGAACAAGUGUGUGAUCGCCCUGCAGGAGAGGGACGUGGACGGGCUGGACCGCACGGCAGGCGCCAUCCGAGGACGAGCCGCCCGCGUCGUGCACGUCGUCACCUCCGAGAUGGACAACUACGAGCCCGGGAUUUACACCGAGAAAGUCCUGGAGGCCACCAAGCUCCUGACUGAUACAGUGAUGCCACGUUUCACAGAGCAGGUGGAAGCAGCAGUGGAGGCCCUGAGCGCUAAUUCUCAGCCAGUGGACGAGAACGAGUUCAUCGACGCGUCCCGUCUGGUGUAUGAUGGCGUGAGGGACAUCAGGAAGGCUGUGUUGAUGAUCCGGACCCCAGAGGAACUGGACGACUCCGACUUCGAGACCGAGGACUUCGACUCUCGCAGCAGGACCAGUGUGCAGACGGAGGACGAUCAGCUCAUCGCCGGACAGAGCGCUCGGGCCAUCAUGGCUCAGCUGCCUCAGGAACAGAAGGCGAAAAUCGCCGAGCAGGUGGCCAGUUUCCAGGAGGAGAAGAGCAAACUGGACGCCGAGGUCUCCAAGUGGGACGACAGCGGCAAUGACAUCAUCGUUCUGGCCAAGCAGAUGUGCAUGAUCAUGAUGGAGAUGACUGACUUCACCAGGGGCAAGGGGCCGCUGAAGAACACCUCGGACGUCAUCAGCGCCGCUAAGAAGAUCGCCGAGGCCGGUUCUCGAAUGGACAAGCUGGGACGUACCAUCGCCGAUCAGUGUCCCGACUCAACAUGCAAGCAGGACCUGUUGGCCUACCUGCAGCGUAUCGCUCUCUACUGUCACCAGCUGAACAUCUGCAGCAAGGUGAAGGCCGAAGUGCAGAACCUGGGCGGAGAGCUCGUCGUGUCCGGGCUGGACAGCGCCAUGUCUCUGAUCCAAGCAGCCAAGAACCUGAUGAACGCCGUGGUGUCCACGGUGAAGGCCUCCUACGUGGCAUCCACCAAGUACCAAAAGUCCCAGGGCAUGCAGAACCUCAACAUGCCGGCCAUCUCCUGGAAGAUGAAGGCUCCCGAGAAGAAACCCCUGGUGAAGCGCGAGAAGCAGGACGACGGCCAGACCAACCGGGUGAAGAGAUCGUCUCAGAAGAAGCACAUCAACCCGGUGCAGGCCCUGAGCGAAUUCAAGGCCAUGGAUAGCAUCUAAUCAGCACCGGUCUCGUCCACUCGCGCAGUCCCCGAACCCGCUCCGUGAUCAGAUCUGGAAAACGACUAGAACAAGCUGGACGAGGCGUGUGUCAGCUGUGCAGGACGAUCCGCUCUAAACCACUGCUGUAGAUUCGUCCACGCGGCUCGCUCUUCCCCUGCCCGCGUUCAAAAACCGCACCUUUAUCUCCUCCCGUGUCUAUUUAUACCACACGUGCCUCCUUCACACCCCAGCCUCCUCCUCCUCCUCCUCUUCUUCUUUAUCUCCUUUUACUAAAAAAUGGAUGAGGGAACUUUUUAAACUUCUUCUUGAAUAUUUAGUUGUGUUCUAGCGUUAUUUCAUAAUUCCAGACGUGUUCUAGUCUCAGACCUAUGCAAAAACACACACACACACACACAAACACACAAUAAUUCCACACUCUCCACAGGACAGCUUUAGAAUCGAGACCAAAGCGAGAAUCCUGUCCUGUUUUUGAAUCCUAUCCUGUUUUUCUUUACUCAUAUUUUUCCACAAAUAAAUAGUUUUAUAUUAA